CUUGAUAGCAGAUAACCUGAAAGGGGUCAUACUUCUUGUCCUUUAUAAUUGUUCUCACCUUGUCUGACAGCAACUUCGCCUGUUUCCGUCAGCCUGUUCCCGUCCACGGCCGAUCUUCUUUACGUUAACUGUAUACCGUUCGAACGUCGUUUGGGAGCAUUUAUAGCAGCUUUUUAAGAAGUUCUACACUGAGUGCCCUCAAUAAGUUCACACGCGUAGAGCGGUCCUGUCCUCUUCUUCAUCCACCGUGCACAUAGAAAAAGGCAGACAUGUGGCAAUACUGAUCAGCUUACUACCCUUUAGCUAACUCCCGGCGUAGUCGCGAGGCCGCGGCAUCCGCGGUGUCAUGGCAAGUAGGCCACCACGCUCCUUGUCGCGUCCACGCAGCGCGAAUGACCGGGGUGAAAAUGAGAGUGUUUACGCUCUGGGGAAGAUGGCCGGGGCCAUACCUGGGGCUACACCCAAGGUCAAAGUGUACAACAUAGCACCGGAAACUCCGGGAACGCCGACGGCAGGCGGCCCAGGAACACCUGGCGUGCCGCCCAAGCCGCGGGUGAACAGCGCGGCGGAUAGCUCGCAGAUCGAGAGCCUUAUCAACCCGGUGCGAGGAGUGCGGGAUGCCCAGGCCCGCGCCGGCAUCACGCCUACCAACCAUGCCAGGAACAACGCUAUGGCCGUUCGUGAACAAAGCCAGAUGAACGCGCUGCGGAAGCAGGCCGACCAGCAGCCGGAGAGCAGCAAAGGACUCAAGCUCCCACCCGUUCGCAGCACCUCAGCGCCUACACAGAGGCCCCUGCAGCGGCUCAGCAGCGGCGGUGGAGGCGGUCGUGACUUCGUCAACGAGAACAAGCUCGGGGCAGCCGCCCCCACGCGUCCGCCGCGGCCGGAAAAGCGUGACUCGUCCGACAAGUACCUGAACAAGAAGGACUACGGGCAGGUGCCGCAGUACAUCUUGGAACGAAAGAUGCAAAUGGCGGCUGAUAUCGAGGCGGCCGCCCGCGCCAAGGAGGCAGCUCUCAUACCGCCAGGAAUGCGUCUGAUGCCGGACGAUGAGCGCCUUGAGACAUUGGACGUUCUGAAAAAGAACCGGGAGGAGGUCGAGCGCGCCAUCCAGGGGCUCCCACUGCGGAUAGAGACCCCAUCGGCAGUUCGCCGCAAGGAGGAACUGGAGCGGCGGUUAAAGGAAAUCGAGGACGCGAUCAAGAUCUUCUCUCGACCGAAGGUCCUGGUCCACCUGUGAUUUGGUUAUCAGGGUGCUCGUAUAGCCACGGCCUGUACAUACAUGAGGGGCUGCAUGAAGGCCUUCGCCUGCCUGCCUGCAUAUGUAGAAGUAGCCAUUGCGUAUGUACGCAAGAUGGCGUUAGUAACGUAGGGGCAACCUCCCGACAGCUAUCCAGGAAGCUAGAUAGGUACUAAUGAGGAUCAGACAGUAUGCUCCUACGGUGACGAGCUAAGUGUAUCACCGCUGGCUUUCGUUACCCUCUUCCGCGGUAUCAAAUACUGCAUGGGCAACUGCCCUACUGCCGUAGCCGUUGUAAGCUGCGUAAUCAUCUACCAACCAUGUGUGGGUAGACUAUUUGAUGCAUUGUGUAAUCAGCAGCUUUGUCAUCGCCACACCUGUGUCUACUUAUCGCUUUACGAUACGAUUUCCUACGAACUCCCACCGUGACUAUCCCCAAGAUAUUUCACUUUGACGUUCUGGUAGCUUCAUAUGGGUAUGGGUUACCAAAGAUAAUUCACUCCUCCUAGCAGACCUAGCUUGAUAGUUGGGCCCUUCACUGCGACCGCAGCUUGCAGACGCACACCAAGACGAGUGCCUGUAAAACAUUGUUGGGCACAACAAUUACAUCAUGAGCAGGACAUCAAACCAGUUGUGACGGUGGAGCUUCUCUCUGAUUUGUUGGCACCAUUGACGAAAGUUAGCGAAAAAUGGGGCAAAUGACGAAGGGAUAGAACUCUUCUGGCGUCGAGCUUAGCCUUCAUUACCUCUUCGGAGGCAGGCGACUUGGAGGAUGCAAGGGUUCCCGUCGCGCCUUUUGGCGCUUUGCGAGAAUUGCCCACGGGCCAUGCUUAACAGGGAGUACUGGUCCAUUAAGGACUUUGCCCUUGUCAAGGAGGUCGGAAGUGGCGCAGCUUCGACGGUAUACUAUGCCCUUUGCCGAAAGAGCACCAAGCCGGUGGCGAUAAAGAUGUACAAUAAGUCAAAGCUCAGCAAGCUUAACCGUCGGCAGGUGGAGCGAGAGAUUAACAUCCACUCAUCGCUGAGUCACCCCCACAUCAUCGACUUUUACGCUGCGUUCGAGGACGAUGAGCGGAUAUACCUGGUGCAGGAGUAUGCAGCAGGGGGCGACCUGUUUGACGACGUGAAGCGGCGGGGCGGGCGGCUGCCGGAGCGCGAGGUGGUGCAGCAGGUGCUCUACCCCUACCUCACAGCGCUGGCCUACCUGCAUGCGCGGGGCAUCAUACACAGGGACAUCAAGCCCGAGAACACGGUGUUCACUCGCGAGCGGGUGAUGAAGGUGACGGACUUUGGUCUGGCCAUCAACGCCACCACGGAGCGACCCGUCACGCGGCUGGGCACGCUGGACUACAUGGCGCCGGAGGUCCUACGCUGCCCCGACAAGCACGCCCCCGAGGACAACAAGGACCGGGUGGACCUGGAGUACGACACCUCGGUGGACGCCUGGGCCAUGGGGGUGCUGGCGUACGAACUGGUGGUGGGCCGCCCGCCCUUCGGCAUGAGCUGCCGCGAGGCCACCAUGCGCGCCAUCGUGUCCGCCGCGCCCUCGCUGCCCGACUGGAUGUCGCCCGCCGCCGCCGACUUCAUCCGGACGGCGCUGCAGCGCACCCCCGGCCGGCGCUCGCCCGUGGCGCAGCUGCUGGAGCACCCCUGGAUUGUGGGGCACAUGAGGUCUCUCCAGCCGCAGCACACGCCACGCGGCCUGUUCUGCGGCGCUCAGGCCUCUGCGGCCUCUGUGUACACUAGCUCUGUUGCCGCCGCCACCAGCACCACCACCACCUCCGCAAUCACGGCCGCAGUGGGCUUUGCCUCAUCCGGCGGAGCCCCGUGCGGCCCUGCCUCCGCCGCCAGCGCUCGCUCGCUCUACUACCACCCAGGCGGGCUAGACACACAUCCCCACCCGCACUACAACCACCCGCACCACCGCCAGCAUUACCAGCACCAACACCACCUCCUGGUCCCCUCCCAAAACAACGCGUGUUCGGUCUCCAAUAGCGACUUGGGCGUCAUGGCAGUGGCUAGUGGCGGCGGGACCGCUAGCGCCGCCAGCAUGUACGGCAACGUAGCAGCGGCUGCGGCGGCGGUGGUGGAAGCGGCAGCGGCUUCCGCAAUGGUUGGCACGGUGUACAACAGCGACCAGCGGCCCGCCAAGCGGCAGGUGCAGCGGUGUCAGAGUGCUCAGCUAGGGGGAGGCGACGUUGGCGUCGGCAGCAGCAGCAGCACCCUCGCCGCUAUGGAUGGUGGCGGGCUAGCGGCAGGCAUGCAUCAGGGACACACCGCGGCAGCAGCAGCAGCGUCAGGACACCGUCCGUACGACGCGAUGUCGUACUGGGUAACUGACGGCAACGGCUUCUGCCGAGAUCCUUUCGUAGGCCUGGGCGGAGGCGGUGGCGGUGGCUUUGGCGCCAAUGCAGGCGAUAGUGCAAGUAGGACUCACGAGCCCUAUGCACCAGCGGGGGCAGCAGCCGCAGCGGAUGUUGCGGGUGCGGCUGGGGGCUCUGUGGCGCGGGAAUUUUACCAGUCCCAGCUGGCACGGGCAGGUAGCAGUUGUUUGGCAACCCAGCAGCAGCAACACCUGUUGGACCAGCGGAUUAGUCUGGUCCAACAGCAGGAUCAGCAGCAGCAACGAGUAUUGCAGCAACAGCAACAGUUAGCAUCACAGCAGCGAUCCGAUCAGCAGUAUUUAGUUCAGGAGCAACAGAACCUGCAGUUCCAGCAGCGGUACUAUCGCGAGCAGCAGCAACAGCAGCAAGCGCAGCAACAGCAAGUGCAGCAGCAGCAGCAGCAACAUGCAUACCAGGUUAGUCAACAGCGACUUCAGCAGCAGCAACAGCAAAGGAACAUGCAGGAAGCGCCCCUAGCAACCGCCGCAUCCACCGCCGCGGUGCAGGCGCCCUCUCCUAAUGCGCAUCUAUCACAAAUGCCCCCAUGCUCGUUGUCUGUAUCGGGUGAAAGCGGCGGCGGCAGCGCAAACGGUGUCGAACCGUCCGUACCACCCCUAACGGCGGCCGACUACUAUCGGCUGCACUUGGAGGACGUAAGAAGCAUGUGGGACAGCGGCAGUCGCGGUGAGCCGGGACCUGCGAGCGCCCGAAGCCCCAUCAACCGUGGCUUGUCGCGUUCCUUUGCAGCGCGACCCACGGGUCACCGCUCGGGAAGCGUCACUGGCGGGAACGGCAGCAACGACUCCCAUACUGACAUGGCAGGGGCAGCUGUGGGUGCCAACCCGGCGUACGUUGAUACCCGCGGAUCGCCGUUAAAGUCGGCACGGCUGUUGUACCGUACGGGCAGCGGCGGCGCCAUGAAGCGUCGUACACCGGACACGCGUGAUUGGGACAUGCCGGCGCCGCCAGGGAUGCCCCUGAUGUCCCACCAGCUGCAGUACACGUCGCCACAGAAGCAGCCGUCGCCGUCUGGACAACUUGCGGGUCCAGUGCAGCUGACUGAGCAUGGCCUGGUGGCAUCUGGGUCAGCGGCGGCGGCAACGCUGGUGGCCCAUUCGUCGGAUGCGUUCGUAUCGCCGGGCGGUGCAGCAGCCUUCUACACCGGUAGCUUAGCAGGGCUUGCCGGCGGGGUGACCGCGCAACAGCUGGCGGCGGCGGCACCGCAGCCGUCUUCUCCUGCGGCCAUGCUGGAAGGGUGCUUAGGCGCAGGUGGCUUGGCCGCAGCGGCUGCUGCAAUGACGCCGUCGACGUCCCUGGCAUGGCAGUUAAGUGGUUCGUUGUCGUUUACAGCCCGAGGAUCACAUGGAGCCAGGCCGAGUCGGUUGUCGAGGGCUUUCAGGAGGGUAGAAUCCAUGGAACAUCGUGACCAUGGAAGGGGCAGUGACGAUUGUCCUGGAAGCAGCGCCGCUGUCGGCGGCGGUGCAGGGUGCUCACUGCCGCUGCCUGCGAUGGCCUGUAACAGCGCCGCCUCCGCUGCUAUGGCUGCAAUGGACCAGCUGUCCCUAGCGCCGACUGCGGUGUCAGGUGACAAUCGCGGAGGCGGAGGGGGCGUCGCUGCUGCUGCCACCGCGGCACCCACAGACGCAUCCGCUACCCAGCCAGCGGGCACAAGCAUGGGUGCCACAACUGCAGGCGGCACCUUCAGCAGCAGCAUGUGCAGCUACGGCUUUUCGGCUGGUAGCGGUGCCAGCACCGUCACCGCAGCGCCGUCAGCCGGUGCUUCUGUCGGCGGCAGCGGCGGAUGUACGGUAUAUCGUGCGCCGUCUGUAACCACGACGGGUACAUCGUACACGACUGCGAACGCGGCUGCCCAGAGCAUGACCGCACUGGGGCUUCUGCUUCCGACCAUACUUACAAGCGCCAGCGGACUGACGCAUGCAGCAUGCAGCAGCAGCGGUGGGGUCGGAGGUGCAGGCGAGCUGCGCUCCCACCCGAUAAGCAGUCCGCUGAUGACACCCUGGGCCACGCCAGUCAACUCACCCGCCGCCUCACGCGGCGGGGCCGGCGGAGGCGCGCUUUUCAGGGCGACGUCGCAGUCGCCUGCGUUCGACGCGCUGCUUGAGUACAUGCAGGCCGAGGGCAUGUUAACGAGCAGUGAUGAGGCUGGCGCUGCCGCGGCGGGGGCAACAACAACGGCGGCAUCGGCUGCUGGAGGCCCGCUGCCAGGGCUUAGACUCGCACCUGGGAGCAGCCGGGACGCCGGUGGAGGCAUGGAGGGGGCCUUCUGGGGCCCGGCACAAAGCGGCGGUGGAUCUGCUAGAGCUGCUGCUGCCAUUCCUUGCGACUGGCCGACGCCGAUGAACGUAGAUGGGGGCUCGGGCAUCGGAGCUCAUGCUGCGGUGGCGGUGCCGAUGGGUCAACAGCCGACAACGCCAAAGGACGGCUGGGCAGCCGCAUGGGCGGCCGCUAUGGCAAGUGGCGGCAAUGCAAGCUCCGGCUACCCUCGUGCAACCACCACCUCGCCCACUCAAGCGACGACAUCGUCACCCUUUGCACGGUCCUUCAGCAUACCCACGCAUGGCGGUAGCGGCGGUGCCACCGGCGCCGCUGGCGGCGGCAUGGGACCGUCCAUGCACAUGCCAUCACCCCUGGGCCGCGACCAGCCCCAGCAGCAGGCCAGGGCCGCAGCCGUGCAGCAGCUCCUGCGCAGCAGGUCCCUCAACCGCUUCCAACUGGAGCAAAUGGGCCUGGGGACGGCGGGCGCCGGCACCGGUGUUUGCGGCCCACAAGGGCCGAUGGCCCCUGCUGCUGUUGCUGGCUUGUCGCUUUGUUGCGCAUCACCGACUGGUGCUGUUGCCGCCUCCGGCGGCUUUGCAGGCACUGCACCUUUCGGCGUAAAUGCUGGCGUGGCAGGGACGGCGGGGACAGCGAUGGAUGGAGAUACGAGAGCGACCGGCGGGGUUCCUGAUGCAUCCACAGCUGCUACCGCCUCUUGGAGUCAGCAGUCCGAGAUGUGCGUCGCUACCGAGGGCGGCGGUGGAGGCGAGGGAUGCAGCAGCGUUGGCUUUGGAAACAGGCACGGUCCGCAGGCGUUUGCCAUUUCGGCUGGCGCGACGCCGCUGCGGGGACUGUCGUACGCCCAGCAUCCAUACCAUAGCAGCCAGCCCCAUCAUCAGCCCAACAUGGGGCCGCCCAGUGCAUCCCAGCGGUAUCCGGGGGCAGUGGGGGAUGGACACAUGGGCAUGGGUAUGAGCAGCAAUGCUGGCUGCUUCCACACCCCUGGCAGCACUCUCCCCUCUGUCCCGAGUCCGCUGGGGCUGCGUUGCAGCUCUGGUAGCCAGCCUAGCAGUAGCAGCGAGGAGAUGACGGGCACGCCUCAAGGGAAAGGAACGGCGUCUGGCUCGUGAUGUGGAUUGAAAGCGCAGCAAUCGUGAUGGGCACAUGCGGACAUAGGUACAUCAUUAGUAUGCCCGUAGCCUGGGCGGAAAGGAAUGCCUGAAAAUGCCUUUAAUUAGGAGGCUUUGCGGGCCUGAGUCGUUGUGGUGGCAAUGCCCUUACCAUGCAUUGGCAGGAGUACGCCUAAAGAGGUGUUGCAUGAGCAUUGCCGUUGAACCUUACAACUAGGGAGCUUUGACAGGGGCUCUGGAGUUGCGAUACAGACUGCAGAAUGACGCUGGAUAAGCUGUUCGUAGGAGUUAUGUAGGAGUUCUGGGGGACCCGCGUCAGGAUAAGGUGACACAAGGGGGCGACAGGGCACGCAGCACAGGCUUUUGCUCCUUGGAAUGUAGGAGGCAUGUAGUUCCGAGUUCAUUCUACAGCUGGCAGGGGCGUCUGUUGCACGGGGGCCAGCGUUCUAGCUGUGCCAGGGUUUCCGAUGCCUUGCUCCCAUCGCGACCAUUGUGUUGUCCCCCGCAUAAGGAGGGGCGCUGUUACCGGCUUCACGCACUUAGGUGACUACUCGCGCAUGCUGCUAUUUUACGCGGUUGACUUAUGGGUUGGUUCAUCCUGGCCCCUAUGCAUUUGUUGCUCCAAGUUGUGAACUCUUGUGAUCUGGUGCGCCUUGACGGUAGGCGGCGUGCGAGCAAGGGGACUCCAUCUUUGUUCCUAUUAUAGGGCUACUUUGCACGCUUGGGGCGUGCAUAGUUAUGUUCACAAAACUUGCCGCGAGUUGGAACAUAAUGUGAUUGCACAGUUGUGUGUACGUGCACCGGUUAGCGCUCGCGUAGUUGAAUCGGACUGCAUUACGGAAGGUGUGAAGGCUCUCGAGCUUUGCAUGGCUUUGGAAUUGCAGGUUUGGUGGGCGUGGCCAUGUCCAUAGGUUUGUCCUCACAACGCCAGGAGAUGCGUUGUGAUGUGUUGCCGUUUGUGUACAUAAGUAGCGCUGCAGACCUAGGGACCUGUACGGCAAGUAUCCCGACCAGGCUUGGCAGAGGGCACGUCAGGCCCCAAAAGCUAUGCGCCUUUAGAUUGUUGCCUACAAGUUGAUCUUUUUUGUGAUUGAUUCCUUUUGGGCGUUUCCCUUCCGUCAAGUUCGGGUUCUUAUGGAAGUACGGCAUUUCUAAAGAGGGAUCUGAACGCUGGCGGCGUGGAUUUGCUUUGUGCGAUGUUUAUUUGGAUAGGGGUCUCGUAGUUUUUGUUGGGGGUGGGUGGGUUCAAUAUGGGCUGGUCGUUACUUAUCACACCCGCUUGCCCGACAGCAGUCAGGGGGGAGGUCCGUGUGCAUACUUGGUCACACCAUCAGCCAUGCUGCUUUAUGCGUAACCGUAUGCAACUGACCGCGAGCUGGUUUCCUACAUGCGAGGAGAUUUGUUGACGGCGUUAGAAAGCCAAGGGUGAAGGCUUGCAAGCAAGCUUGUGGCUUUCCAACCCGUUUCGGUUUGUAGUGUCUUAACAAUGUUCGGCACAGGCGCAGUGGCUUUUGGAAAAGUGACCUUUCGCUUGGUUGUAUCUACACGGUAAGAGAGAGGAAAGCCAAUGCAUCGGGAUGUAGUCUUUCUUGUUUUGUACGCGUGUCUGCAUGCUAUUAUCAGUCAUUUUGCUUACCGUUCGUUUUAGUUGCGACGUUUGGCCGGUAUAUGCCCUAGACGUGAACCGCAGACAGUCUGCCAAGUGUAGUCCAGCAUACUUACAUUGUUUGUGGUGAGUCCUCUCCACUGCGCGCUGGCUAUGUUGCCGCGCGAUUCCCGUACUGAGCUUGUACGCGUGUGCAUACGUUUUAAGGCCUCCCGGUGCCCCGCUCGUGACUCAAGCAGAUUUCAGCGGCAGUGAACGUGGUUCGUGGCCGGUUCCGCACUUUGAGGACUUGGCUCUGGCGGUGCGAAUGGGUUUUAGUCCUUACGUCCGUUAAUGACAUCGUUGCUAGCAUCGGAUAGGCACUGUUGCGCUGAUGAUACAUGGAAAUGUGCGUUAUGAAAGCACUGGCUGGUGCCAUGGAUGUUACGCUACUGUUGCCUGAGGCAGGUAAUCACAUCAUGCUGGGACGCGUGCGACUCCCUGUUGGCAGCUACAUCCUCUGUUCCCCACAUAUUAACGUUGCUCUCAAGGUGUAUAUCCAAC